AUGGCAGUGUCUAAUAUGGUCUUCUCCGACGUUGAAACUUUUCUUGAUAACCACCCUGAGCUCUUUGAGGACUACCUAAACAGGAAAGGUAAAUACAGCAUGGUGGAGAAAUGGCUCAAAAAUCACCAAUCAAAUAAAAACCAACCAAAUUCCACCAGCGAGCCGGAUAAACCAGUUUGUAAGGACAGCUGGGCAAGCAAAGGAGACGGUCUGCAGCGAAGAGCAUCGCAGAAAGAAUUGCGCAAAACUUUCGCCAGGUCCAAAGCCAUCAAUGCAAACCGGACUUACGAUGAGCACGUGAACUCUCGAGCUCAGGAGCCGCUCACCAGCAUGCGGAGACGCGCUUUACUCCGGAAAGCCAGUUCACUUCCUCCAACCACCGCACACAUCCUAUCUGCACUGCUCGAGUCCCGGGUAAACAUCCCUCAGUACCCAUCCACAGCCGUGGAUUUUAAGUACUACCUGAAAGAGCACAACGAGCGCGAGUUUUUCCUCGAACUGGUCAAAGAUAUCUCCAACGACCUGGACCUAACCAGCCUGAGCUACAAGAUCCUGGUGUUCGUGUGCAUAAUGGUCGAUGCAGAUCGCUGCUCGUUAUUUCUAGUAGAAGGCACCGCUAAUAAAAAGACCCUGGUUUCUAAAUUCUUUGACGUUCACGCUGGCACCACAGUCCUACCCUCUUUGAGCAACUCGAAUGAAGUCCAGGUUCUCUGGGGUAAAGGGAUUAUAGGCUAUGUAGCCGAACAUGGAGAGACUGUUAACAUCCCCGAUGCCUAUCAGGAUCAUCGUUUCAGUGAUGAGAUUGACAAGCUGACGGGGUAUAAGACCAAGUCCCUUUUGUGUAUGCCUAUCCGGAACAGUGAUGGAGAGAUCAUAGGAGUUGCACAAGCCAUAAACAAGAGUCCCAGUGGCGCACUCUUCACUGAGGAUGAUGAGAAGGUGUUGCAGAUGUACCUGCCUUUCUGUGGAAUCGCCAUCUCCAAUGCUCAGCUCUUUGCUGCAUCCAGAAAGGAAUACGACAGGAGCAGGGCAUUGUUAGAGGUGGUGAAUGAUUUGUUUGAGGAGCAAACAGACCUGGAGAAGAUCGUGAGGAAGAUUAUGCAUCGCGCUCAAACACUUCUUAAGUGUGAACGCUGCUCCGUCCAGCUACUAGAGGACAUUGAGUCUCCGGUAGUGAAGUUCACCAAGUCUUUUGAACUGCUGUCACCAAAGUGCAGCGCUGACACAGAAAACAGUUUUAAGGACAGCAUGGAGAAGUCCUCCUACUCCGACUGGCUGAUUAACAACAGCAUUGCCGAGUUGGUGGCCUCCACCGGCCUGCCGGUGAACAUCAGUGAUGCCUACCAGGACCCUCGUUUUGACGCUGAGGCUGAUCAGUUCUCUGGGUUCCAUAUACGCUCUGUCCUGUGUGUGCCCAUAUGGAACAGCAACCACCAAAUCAUUGGGGUGGCACAGGUCCUGAACAGGUUGGACGGUAAGCCAUUUAAUGAUGCAGACCAGAGACUGUUCGAGGCGUUUGUGAUAUUCUGUGGGCUGGGGAUCAAUAACACUAUUAUGUAUGAUCAAGUGAAAAAAUCGUGGGCCAAACAGUCCGUUGCACUGGACGUGCUGUCAUAUCACGCCACUUGCUCCAAGACCGAAGUGGACAAGUUUAAGGCAGCCAACAUUCCUCUGGUGUGUGAGCUGGGUAUUGAUAAGCUAUCAUUUGAUGACUUCUCACUAGAUGUGGAUGCUAUGAUAACAGCAGGACUGCGCAUGUUUAUGGAGCUUGGCAUCGUGCAGAAAUUUAAGAUUGACUAUGAGACUCUGUGUAGGUGGUUGUUGACUGUCAGGAAGAACUAUCGUAUGGUUCUUUACCACAACUGGAGACACGCGUUCAACGUUUGCCAAUGCAUGUUCGCCAUGCUAACAACUGCAGGCUUUCAGGAAACCCUUUCAGAAUUGGAGAUUCUGGCCCUCAUAGUGGGAUGUGUGUGCCAUGAUCUGGACCACAGAGGAACCAAUAACGCCUUCCAGGCCAAGACAGGUUCUGCUCUGUCUCUGCUGUAUGGGACCUCAGCCACGAUGGAGCAUCACCACUUCAACCAUGCUGUCAUGAUUCUUCAAAGUGAAGGCCAUAAUAUAUUCUCCAACCUGUCAUCCAGGGACUAUGGAGAUCUUAUGCAGCUACUUAAACAGUCCAUCUUGGCUACAGAUCUCACUCUUUACUUUGAAAACAGAAACAAUUUCUUUGAGCUGGUGAAUAAAGGAGAAUACAACUGGAAUGUUAAAGAACACAGAGAUAUGUUCAGGUCAAUGUUAAUGACUGCUUGUGAUUUGGGAGCUGUAACCAAGCCAUGGGAUAUUUCUCGCAAGGUAGCAGAGCUGGUCACUGGUGAGUUCUUUGAGCAGGGAGACAGAGAGAGAUCUGAACUGAAGCUGAUUCCUUCUGCCAUCUUUGACCGGAACAGGAAGGAUGAGCUGCCAGGUUUACAGCUUGAAUGGAUUGACGGUAUCUGCGCUCCACUGUAUGAGACACUGGUAAAACUAAACCCUAAACUCCAGCCGAUGGUCGACAUGAUCCGAGCCAACCGUGCCAAGUGGGACGAGCUGCACCAGAAGCGGCAGUGCAGCCAAGAACUGGUGAAUCUCCUCGAUGCUUCUUGCGAUGGUGACCCUGGUGUUAGCAGCGUGCCCAAAGCUGCGAGUUAG